AGGCUGUGGGCUCAGUGCUGUGGACUCCAGCGAUUAACUCUCGCUCGCGGCCUGGAAUCCUGAGACGAGCCGUGUUCUCUGAAGAGCAGAGACGAGAGCUGGAGAAAACCUUCAGCAAGCAGAAGUACAUCAGCAAGACGGAGCGCAACAGACUCGCCUCAGAGCUGAGUCUCAAAGAGACGCAGGUGAAGAUCUGGUUCCAGAACCGCAGGAUGAAGUGGAGAAACUCCAGAGAGAAGGAGAUCAGCAACACACACACACACAUGGAGAAACUGAUGGACUGGAGUCAAUCUGAACCUGCAGACGACACACACACACCAGCACAGAGCAAACACACUCACACUCACACACACAGAUGAUCCAGAAGAGAGUGUUCAUUCUCAACAUUACCACUCAAAAGGUCCAAUGGUAACACAUUAUAAUAAUAAUAAGGUGCUAUUUCUUUAAGAGCAGGUCAUAUAUAGUGUUUAAGUGUCCUAAUGUUGUGUUGAGGCUACUACAAACAGCUUUAAGUGCAUUUAGAGUAAGAAAACACUGUCGUUUUAGUAGAAUAUGUGUUUAUUACACUGUAAACCCCAAUAAGUUAAGGUAACUCAAACCUCUUGAGGAAACCGAUGGCAACAAACCAUUUAAGUUCAAAAACUGAUCCUAAAGAGUGCUGUGAACUUAAUCCAUUCGAGUAAACGAAGCAAUUUGAGUACAGUAAAACCCAUCAAAUGAACAGAACUCAAACCAACUGAGUACUGUGACACUCAAUAAGUUAAGCCGACUCAAACCACUUUAAGGAAACCGAUUGCUACAAACCAAUCUAUAUGAGUACUGUGAACUUACUCCAUUAAAGUUGAAGUAAUGAGGUGUUUAAUUAAGUCUUUACCUUCAACACUGAGCUCAAAACUCUUUUCAAAUGAGUAGAACUAAAUUUCAGUACAUUUUGAGUUAACUACACUCAUUUCAUUUGAUAAGGUGGACUGUUGGGUUUUACAGUAGAUACAUUAGAAUCAUACAUUCAUUUUCCUUCGGCUUAGUCCCUUUAUUCAUCAGGGGUCACCACAGCGGAAUGAACC